AAUUCACCAGCAUUCCACUUCACCUCACUCGCGAGCACACCAAUCAUACGAGCCUCUCUCGCUCAUUCCGGCCAAAUCGCCACUAGCAGCAUGGCAACGGGGGCAGUCGACGAGCCCAUCAGCAUUCCGCCCCCGGUUGCCGAGCUCGAGAGCAUCGUCGUCUCCGAAGGCGGCGCCCCCAUCGCUCCUGCUGCCGAAGCCCGCCCAGCUAAACACAGGAGCCUCGCAAAGAUCAAGUCCGGGGUGCAGCAACUCGCGACGCUGGUCGGGGUGGACAAGCGGAAGAUUUCGAGGCUCGGCUCCAGCGCGCGAAUGGGCCUUAAGGGGCUUCGCUUCUUCGACAACGCCUCCGGUGGCAAGGACGGGUGGAAGACCGUCGAGAAGCGCUUCGACGAACUAGCCGUGCACGGGAGGCUUCCCAAGGACCAAUUCGGCCGCUGCAUCGGAAUGGGCGAGUCAAAGGAGUUUGCUGGGGAGCUGUUUGUUGCUUUAACGAGGAGGAAGAGUUUGGAUGCAGAAAUGGGUAUAACUAAAGAUGAUUUGAAGGAAUUCUGGAAAGAAAUGGACCAAAACUUUGAUUCUCGACUACAGAUAUUCUUUGACAUGUGCGACAAGAAUGGUGAUGGAAAACUCACACAAAACGAAGUGGAGCAGGUUAUCGCGCUGAGUGCCUCGGCAAACAAAUUGGCAAAGUUCAAAGCACAUGCUGCAACUUAUGCAGCUCUCAUAAUGGAGCAGCUUGACCCAGAUGGCCUUGGCUAUAUCGAGAUUUCGCAACUUGAAACACUACUUCGAGGGAUGGUCAGCUCGCAAAAAACUGAGAAAAAACUGAAGCGCACUCACAGCAUUGCAAGAUCAAUGAUACCAAAGCAAUACAGAUAUCCAAUCACAAGAUUUGUAGGCAGGACUAUGGACUUUUUUCAUGAUAACUGGAAGAGAAUUUGGGUUCUUUGCUUCUGGUUGACCUUAAAUGCAGUUCUAGCAGCAUGGAAAUUUCAUCAAUAUAGAAGGAAAACAGCUUUUGAAGUUAUGGGCUACUGUGUUUGCAUAGCCAAGGCUGCAGCUGAGACUGUGAAACUGAAUAUGGCUUUGAUUCUCUUCACUGUCUGUCGAAACACCCUCACAUGGUUCAGAUCAACUUGUCUUAAUUCAGUGUUUCCUUUUGAUGACAACAUCAAUUUCCACAAGAUCAUUGCACUGGCAGUCACAAUUGGAGCUCUGGUGCAUACUCUUGCUCAUGUUACGUGCGACUUCCCAAGGUUAAUCACAUGCCCAAGUUCAAAAUUCAUGCGAACCCUCGGGCCUAAUUUCCACUAUAAGCAGCCUACUUAUCCAUCUCUUUUGGCGAGUGUUCCUGGGGUCACUGGCAUCCUCAUUCUUGUCAUCAUGGCAUUUUCUUUUACUCUUGCAACACAUUCUUUUAGGAGAAAUGUGGUGAAAUUGCCAUCACCUCUCCACCAUUUGGCUGGUUUCAAUUCAUUUUGGUAUGCUCAUCAUCUUCUGGCCGUGGCUUAUGUUCUUCUGAUAGUGCACUCUUACUUCAUAUUCCUAACCAAGGAGUGGUACAAGAAGACGACAUGGAUGUAUCUUGUGGUUCCCAUCAUCUUUUUUGUCUCUGAGAGAUCAAUUCGGAAAGUUCGUGAGACAGGCUUUAGUGUCAGCAUUGUGAAGGCAGCAAUAUAUCCAGGUAAUGUCCUCUCCAUUCAUAUGAAAAAGCCUCCAGGUUUCAGUUACAAAAGUGGAAUGUACCUAUUCAUCAAAUGUCCAGAUGUUUCACCUUUUGAGUGGCACCCAUUCUCAAUCACUUCAGCUCCUGGAGAUGAGCACCUGAGUGUUCAUAUCCGAACUUUGGGUGACUGGACAACUGAGCUUAGAAAUUUAUUUGGAAAGGUCUGCCAGGUUCAGAUCAAUUUGAAGAAAGCUAAUCUUGUUAGGCUUGAGACCACCGUCAUUGCUGAUAUUGAAUCUGAUGAUACAAGUUUCCCAAAGUUAUACAUUGAUGGGCCAUAUGGUGCCCCAGCUCAAAAUUACGACAAGUAUGACAUUCUUUUGCUCAUCGGUUUGGGAAUUGGCGCAACUCCCUUUAUCAGCAUACUGAAGGAUCUCCUGAACAAUAUGGAAAUAAACCAGAAUGAUGACGCUAAUGACUUCAAAGUAACCGGUCCUCAAAGUGCUUACUUCUACUGGGUGACCAGGGAACAAGGUUCAUUCGAAUGGUUCAAAGGUGUCAUGAAUGAAGUUGCAGAAAGCGACCAUAACAAUAUUAUAGAUAUGCACAACUACUUGACAAGUGUGUAUGAAGAGGGAGAUGCAAGAUCAGCCCUUAUCGCCACGGUUCAAGCACUUCAAUACUCCAAGAGCGGUGUUGAUGUUGUCUCGGGAAGUCGGAUACGAACUCACUUCGCAAGGCCAAACUGGAGAAAAGUGUUUUCUGACUUGGCAAAUGCCCACAAAGCUUCUCGAAUAGGUGUUUUCUAUUGUGGUUCCUCUGCCCUCACAAAGCAACUCAGAGAUCUUUCGCUAGAGUUCAGCCAUAAUACAACCACUCGUUUCUAUUUCCACAAGGAGAACUUCUAGAGAUAAACCAAUAUACAGUGGGCAGACAAUCCAUCAAUGUAUGGUAUCGGUACAACGUAAAGAUAGGGUAACGUUGGCUGGGGUUAGAAAGUUUGAAUAUUUGUGAACUAUGAGGAAUAUUUAAAGGUCUCAACACCCGUUUCGCUAUUUUUAAAUUUGUUUUUGUAACCUAAGCAUCACCCUUAUUCAUCAUUUUCGGCUCCCCGGCAGUUCUCUUGUGUGAGUUAUUUAUACUCUUACAAAACACGGUAUGAUGCAGACUGAGCUAUAAAUAUUAUAUGGACUCGAUUCCAAAUUCAGAUUGUAAAAAACUUGAAAUUUGUACAUAUCUGUUAUUUUAGCUCAAGUUGUUUCUUAGAUGUUAGACAA